UUCUCUCCAAAUAAAAGUCAAAAACCAUAUAAUAUUAAUUUCAGAAUACUAUACCGAAAAAACGAAACCCUCUAUAUAUAUCAACUCAUACUCAGAUUCUAAACGCCACUUAAUCAAAUACGAUACAAAUCGUAAAAACACCUUUACGAGCUGACUUUCUUUUAAGGAAAAAAGUGAUGAUGAUGAAGAAAGGAGUGAUUAUUGGAGUAGUUUUGCUUGCACUUUUCAUGAUUUUCACACACGCCAAACAAGUAGGAGCCACAAGGCUGCUACGAACCAACUUCGAUAGUGAGAUCCGGUUCGUGUUCGAGUCGUUGCAGAAAGGUCCGGUUCCUGGGUCCGGGAGGAACGGUUGCUCACAUAUCCCCAAAGGCUCCGGAAAGUGCCACGGAUGAACACUCACGUGAAUUUUGAUUCCCAAUACUCACUCUCAUUCAGGCUACGGAUUGAAUUUAUUUAUUAUUUUUGCUGUUGUUGUAUAUAUAUACUAGAAAGUAUGCUUAACUAUUCGUGUAACAUAUCAUCAGUGUCGGUCCAGCAUAAUCUCAUGCCUAAAGCAUAAAUAAAUAAUUUGCCCCUUAAGUACAGUAGGUAGGUUCAAACUAGGGUUGUUAGAAAUAUUUUUAACAGC